AAAUAUUAUACAGCGAAUAACAGGGAGACAUAAGGAACAUUUUGAAACCAAAAUUUUCACUGGUCACCAGCGGCAGUAUUACCUUCGCAUGGUGCUUCUUUAAUCGGCGGACUCGGACUGUUCAAUAAAAGGUGAAUAUUUAGGCGCGUUAUGGAGGAUAAAUAUGAGGAGGAUGAAGACGAUUUCUCGAAUUCACGACCGAAAUUGUCGUUUAUUGUAGCGUGUUGUUUUAUUGCUCUUCUGUUUCUUCAAUGGUUCGUCCGAUUGGUACUAUACGGCAGUCACACCACGGAAUUAGGCAUAGCACCAGAAAAACACUUUUUGCUUAAAUUUGUAUUGGAAAUGCAUCCGCUAAUUGCUGGAGGAUUGUCAGGAUUCGCAACCUUAUUUGUAUGCUGGGCACUAACCUACUUUAAUUGGUUGAAUGUUGGAAGUUUUCCACCUACCCCUUUAUCACCAACUUCUCCACGUGGAAGAUUGCAAUCACCACCCAAUUCACCAACAAGUCCGAAAAAAUUGGGUCUAGCAUCACUUACACCUUUCAUGGUUUCCAUUGCUACAAGUUACUUGGUUUGGUCACUCGUUGCAACUGAAUCAUCAAAUGCAACAUUAUAUUAGGUAUCUCAUGGCAUUGGAAUUGUGUAAGUGCAAAUAUUUCCAGUUUGACAAUCAUAACUUAAUUUUUCUUGUUUUGAAAAUGGUACUGUGUCUUUUCAGCAAGAAUCAUUUUUGAUUUGCUUCGUUCCCAAUUACCCAGUGGUAAUUGUAAAUCUUAUGAAAUCCACUUCAAUAUCUUUUGAUUUCUUUUUGUGAAACUUAUAUGAAGAUUCUAAAUUGUAUCUCAUUUCUGAAAGAAAAUGUUGAUAUAUCAAUAUCAUAAAUCGAGGUUAUUAAUUCACAUGUAAUAAUUGUUUUACCUGCCACUACCUGUGCUUGCAUCCCAAAAUCAUUUGCUUUUUUAACAAUGUGUGCUCUUGUAGAGCUUUUAUGCAAUGAAUAAACAGCGUGUGAAGCUAAUAUAGAUGCUGCAUGUAGAAACUCCAUGUCUAUUCCUAUAAUGGAAAAUUUAACAUUUUGCAUUUUAUAUAUAUAUAUAUAUAUAUAUAUUGUAUGUAUGUGACACACAAUAGAACCUUUAUUUGACUUCGUCCCAAAUGGUGGAUUCAUCAAAACUGUAUCAAACCGUUUGGCCAAAAUCAUGUUCCUAAAUUUAAAUAAACAUUUUAUUUGUUGUGCAGAUCAAUUUUUAUAUAAUCAUUUAGAGUAGCUUACAAAAUAAGUGCUUAAGUAUUGUCACAAGUUCAUAAGUAUUGUCACAAAAUUGGUAUUAAUAAAGAAUUGUCACAAAAUUA